AUGCGGUUCCUGUGUCUCCAUGGCCGCGGAACCUCUGCCCAGAUUUUCGAGUUGCAGACUGCUAGACUCCGAGAACAACUCAGUGACCAUGAGUUUGUCUUUAUUGAUGGCAUUGUUGAGACAGAACCUAGCGAAGGGGCCGAGGCCGUAGCCGACGAGUUCUUCGGCUGGUUCGACCAGCCCGUCACCCCAGCCCAUACGCGGCAGCUCCUGCUGGGCCUCAUCGACUUCAUCACUGCCGAAGGGCCUUUCCAGGGGCUCAUGGGCUUCUCAGAAGGCGGUAUCGUCGCGGCGAUGCUGCUUACGCACGACGCCCGAAGCUCCUUCGCGGGCCUCGAGUGCGGUAUCCUGAUGAGCGCGGCGCCGCCGCUGGACCCGGCCGGGAUCCUCGAGGAGGAUCCGCCGACGCUUCGAUGCCUGACCCCUGCCGGCGUCGUCGACGGAACCGCGAUCCGCGUCCCCACGGCCCAUGUCAUUGGCUCCAACGAGCCGUUUGCCCACUUGGUGUCGCUGUCGCCCCUGGCCGGCGUCCUGAUCAGCAGCGGCCUGGAGGAUCCGGAGGAGCUGCACCAGCUGCUGUUUCAACUGUGCGACGGCUCGCGGCGGGAGAGGUUCUUUCACCAGCUGGGGCAUGAGGUGCCGGGGGCCAGGUUGGACGAGGGACUGGCGGGCACGGUCCGGGUCAUUGAGCGGACGAUUGAGAGGGCACAGUCGGGAUGAAGGGGGCCUGUAAUUAUUAACGACAUGGUACGGGAU